AUGGAACAGACAAACAUUACUCCGUUUGUGAAACAGUGCUUCGUAACAGCAGCUGUGGGGUUAAAUAUAGUAGGCUUCGGUUGUGCUGUUGGCUUCCCCGCUAUACUGCUGCCACAGCUGAAGGAAACAGACAGUUCUAUUCCACUCACAACGGAGUCAGGAUCAUGGAUUGCGGCAAUUUUGGCUUUGAGUAUGCUCGCUGGAAACCUUAUGACCCCACCCAUCAUGGACCGUCUCGGGCGCAAGGCGGCUCAUUACGCUCUCACCGUCAUUUUUCUGAUAAGCUGGUACAUCACUAUUAUGGCAACAAGCGUUGAGGCCUUGAUAAUUGGAAGAAUGAUGCUGGGCAUCGCGGGCGGUCUGCUGACAACACUCCGUUCGGUUCUCAUCGGGGAAUACACUAGUCCUCGAAAUCGUGGUGCCUUCCUCACCACCGUAUCUCUAACACAAGCGUUUGGCAUAUUUUUCGUACAUCUCAUUGGAUCACUGCUGAGCUGGCAGAAGACUGCUCUCAUAUGCGUUUUCUUCCCGUUCGCAAGUCUCGUCAUGAUCAUGUAUACACCAGAAUCUCCAAGUUGGUUGCUCACUAAAGGCAGAUACGAUGAAUGUAGACGCGUUUUUAGAUGGUUAAGAGGAAUGGAUGAGGAUGAAGAACUAGAAGACAUGAUAAAAGCAAGGCUAGCUUUUGAGCAAGCGAUUAUCAAAGACCACGGGGUCAAUUGGUUCGCAAAGUUAUUAAGAAUAGUUCGAAAGCGGGAAUUCUACAAGCCUAUUAUGAUUAUGAUUCACAGCAAUAUUAUUAUGCAAUUUUCUGGUGGUACCACAAUGGCCGCUUAUUCCACAGUCAUUAUCAGUCUCUUAAUGGGAUCGAAUGCAAAUGCACAUUUUUGGAUGGUAUUUUUGGAUACACAAAGAAUUAUUUGCAACACCAUCGCUGUUUAUAUCAUUAAUAGAACUAGAAGACGAACGAUGGUACUUACUACGGGAGUCCACGCCGUAGCAAGUCAUUUUGCCAUCGCCAUUUACGUUUACUGCAGAAUCCACGGAUGGGAAUAUGACGCUAUCUGGUUACCAGCCCUGUUGAUUAAUCUUCAGUUUUUGGCAGUAGCGGUAGGUACUGCCCCAAUGCCACAGGUGAUCGGUGGCGAAGUAUUCCCUUUGGAGUACAGGAGUAUCGGAGGAACUAUCAGUUUGGCGACAGGUGGGGGGGUAAUGUUUUUGGCAUUAAAGACAUUUCCCGAAUUAAUAGAUAAAACUGGAUUACAUGGUACGUACACGAUUUACGGUGGCAUUUUAUUAGUUAACUUGAUAAUCGUGUUGAUGUUGCUACCAGAGACGAUGGGGAAGACUCUUCAGCAAAUAGAAGACGAAUUUCGAGGGCGACCGCUCAGGAUUGAAGAGUUGGAAGCAAAACAGUCGCUACAAUCAAAUCCAGUAGAAAUAUUCAAGAGAAAGAUGUCGGAAAGGAGGUGCAGUAGCCCUGCACUGCUAUAAACUUGU